AGGGCUACAAUGGAAGGAUAAACAAGGUGUCAUUCGUCAAUACGUAUAUAGUAUAUACAAUAUGACGUUUUCAGGAUUCCAACUGGACACUAAAGCGCGCGGAAGCAGUAGAGCAUGCUGAAUGCCAUAAUUCAAUUACUUUGAGUGUGUCUGUCGAGUUAUGUGUUAGCCAUGUUUUUUCUUUUUCUACUUCGUGGAUUAUUUGGUUUAAUGAAUUUGUAAAACAAUUUCCAACAACAAAUUGGGUUAGCAGAGCCAAGGCCACUGAAUGGCUGUAGAAAACGAAGUCUGUUGGCUCGAAUAAUUGAAAGCAAUAAAUUUCAUGGCGAAAAUAAAUUAAUUUCAACCUGCUGCCGUGGGAAAUUUGUAAAAUAUUAUUUGUAAAAAAGUUAAACCGAAAAACAUGACUUCAAACUUUUGAGUCCUCUCAUUAUGAUAAAAUAACUUAGUUUAUGUUCAGAUAUGCAUUUAGCUCUGAAAACAGCAGUUAAUAACGGUUAAUAUAUGCACAACAGAAGGAUGUACAUAGACGGUUGCUUUUGUGGUCCGCUUAAAAAUGAAUUUAGAUACAUUAUAUAGUACUUGAAGUGUAUUCGAGAGGCUAAUUCAGCCGAAAAUAUAUCCGUUGAAUACUUCGAAGAAAUCCAGGACACGUUUACAUCCAUACAUAACUUCGAAAUUCUACCUAAAAAUCAGUUAAUCCCUUCCAAUUUUACUUGCAAUACCCGUUCGCGAUGAGGAUAUAGGUCACAAAUUCGUAAAAGCACCAAUACCAUAACUACAUAAAUUUAAAACUUAAAAUUUGAACUUUUUAUCUAUUUGCUUCGAGCUUUCGAGCUAAUUGGGGAGCUAAUCAUUUUACUGUAACUCAACUAAUUCAAACAGAAAAAAACCAAAUCAACAACUUUCAAUUCCAAGCAUGUAAUGACGAAAUUGCUUGUUAAUUGAAAAUCAUCAAUAGCAGAAGAGUGCAUCGUAAUUGAAAAAAAAAAAUGACGAAAUAUUCAACACGUUUCAGUCAAUUAAGCUAUCAUCAUUGAAUUUUUCCGUACCAUCUUCAAGUGUUCAGCAACGAAAGUGACGUUCGAUUCAGCCGCUUUACACUUGAAACGCGCCCAAGUCUUUAUGAAUGUACUUACACAAACAUACAUAAACGAAUAUAUGUACAGACAGUCGUACAUUCUAAGGAGUUGGUUAGCCCACGCGUUGGCUGCAUUAAUAGAAUUGAUGUAUGCACGAGGUCUACAUGAUGUGCGUUAGCAAUAAGGACAUGCCAGACACACACGUUAAAACAUUCAGCUAUGAUUGUUAUGCCAUCUCCUAUAUCUUACAGCAACAUAAGCAGAACUAUAAGAAGUGGUAGGAAUGCUCGAAUUGAGCGUUAAAAUUCCUUAGCGCCAAUAACGCGCAACGCUAUUUCCCUCCCAUUCACUUGUCUUUGAGCCUCCGGCCCUCAUUCCCUUUCCUUCCUCGCAUGACUUGCCAUCGAGUUGUGGCAUCUUCGUUAACAAUAACAUCAACUCAGCCGGCAAAGCCAUCGAUGCCACGCACAAUAAUUCAAUUCAUUAUUAAAAAGUGGAAAGCAGAGGGCAGGCACUGGCAUUUAAAAGAAUUUAAUGAGUGAAAGAUGAAUAUCCGUUCGACGUACAGUGUGUGUGUUCUGUGAAAGUUUAUUUCCGAGUAUGUCGCUUGGCAUAAUCUUCAGUUGAUUUCUCAGCGAUCAAUUGAUGUAUGUACAUAUUUAUAGAUAUACAUAUAUGUUCAUUCAUACACAUAGACUCGAAAUUCCAAAGGCGCAUGCAGAUAUUUUAUUUCAAGAAUUUUUGUGGUAUUCCAGCACUAAAACCAGCAACUUAGGCGUUUGUGCUUGACUUGCGUGUUCCGUUUCAUAUCAUAUGGGUUGUUGGCAUCACUAUUACCCCAUCCAGGCCCCAUUUCUUUUGAUUAACAACAAAAGCUUUUUUAUACCUACUGGUCCAUUUCAGAUGGGCUACACAAAUUAUGUUCUGAGUCAAAAUUAGAGAAUGGUUCUGUGAGCUUGUCUUCAAGGUAUAUGAUGACCGAGUCUAACCCAAGUGCCUUAAACACCUUGUCUUCGCUCUCCUCGUAGGAGAGCAUACAUGGAUUAUACUUUCAUUUAAAAUAUUGUGGACAAGAUCCUCCCGAAAUAAUUUAAAAGGUAAAAAAACCUUUCUUAUGCGGACCAAAGGAGUUCAAAGAAGCAUACAUAUAAGAACCACAGCACCACAAUGUCAAAUGUUGCCAAGAAAGUAAAAAUACGCAGAAACGCACUCUGCCAAAGGCAUAAUCUCACGUUUUCCUAUUUAAAUGUUUGACCUCAUAAUAGCGUCUUAAUAAAAAUAAAAAAAAAUAAAACCGAAUGCAUACCCGCAACAACAGUUAUUUACAAACACAAACCUAAUAUUUGUGAACAGUGACGGUGGAAGAUGCGAAAUAGAAAUGGCGAACAAUCAACGUUGAUAACAACAAAUUGUCCCAAGCACUGUUCCAAUCACAAGCAUUCACAUACAUACAUACAUAUCUAUACACAACAACUAACCAACUUUACGGACUGAUGACUGCGACGAAACAAAUAUUUUACUCAUUUCACUGCAACAAACAUUGCUCGCACACACCUCUAUGCAGAAUUGUCUCGUGUCCUUCCCCUAUUCCUAUUAUUUACAUCCUUUGGUAAAUGCUGGAAUUGCACGAAGCUGGUGUGGGUGGACUGGAUGCUGGCGUGCCAAGCAAUUAUUGAGGCAAGUAAUAUACCGAGGUUAUGUCGUGGCUAAAUCACACGCAAACGAUCAGUUACUGCUGCGUCAGCAGUUCAAACGGUAUUCUGAGGAUUCUCCAUUCGGAAAAGAAGUGAAAAUACUGACCAAAAGGCUCAGAGAACUUAGUAGAGCAGUCAUUUAUUAAAUAUGGAUAGUCAAGCAUUUCGUAAACAUGGCACAGAGAUGGUGGAAUAUAUUUGCACAUAUUUGGACACAUUGAAAGACCGGCGUGUCACACCCAGUGUCGAGCCCGGCUAUCUAAGACAUUUAAUACCAUCUGAGGCUCCAUUCGAACCGGAGGAAUGGAAAAAUAUAAUGCAAGAUGUUGAGGAUAAAAUAAUGCCAGGUGUGACACAUUGGCAGCAUCCACGGUUUCAUGCCUACUUUCCGGCAGGAAAUGCAUUCGAAUCUAUUCUGGGUGAUAUGCUGGGGGAUGGUAUCGGUUGUAUUGGCUUCUCCUGGGCGGCAAGUCCGGCAUGUACGGAACUGGAAACCAUUGUGCUGGAUUGGCUAGGAAAGGCAAUCGGUUUGCCGGAUCACUUUUUAGCUUUAAAAGAGGGCAGCACGGGUGGUGGAGUCAUACAGACUUCCGCUUCUGAGUGCGUGUUGGUCAGUAUGUUAGCGGCGCGCGCUCAAGCGCUCAAACGUCUUAUGGCCCAACAUCCAUUUACCGAGGAGAGUCACUUACUUUCCAAGUUGAUCGCCUAUUGUUCCAAGGAAGCGCACAGCUGCGUUGAGAAAGCUGCCAUGAUAAGCUUUGUAAAAUUGCGAAUUCUGGAACCAGAUGAAAAUGCUAGCUUACGUGGCCGCACCGUAAGUGAGGCUAUGGAGGAGGACGAAGUACAAGGAUUGGUGCCAUUUUUCGUUUCCACCACUCUCGGAACUACCGGCUCCUGUGCCUUUGAUAACUUGGAGGAAAUUGGCAAGGAAUUGCAAAAGUUUCAGUGUGUUUGGUUGCAUGUGGAUGCUGCAUACGCAGGGAACUCUUUUAUCUGUCCCGAAUUGAAGCCGCUCUUAAAGGGCAUCGAAUACGCUGAUUCAUUCAAUACGAAUCCCAAUAAAUGGCUGUUAACAAAUUUCGACUGUUCAACAUUGUGGGUACGCGAUCGAAUCCGCUUGACAUCAGCACUUGUCGUGGAUCCAUUGUACCUGAAGCAUUGCUAUGAUGAUGCAGCGAUUGACUAUCGUCAUUGGGGAGUUCCGCUCAGUCGACGUUUUCGCUCAUUGAAACUGUGGUUUGUUUUACGUUCAUACGGAAUUUCCGGAUUGCAAAAAUAUAUACGACGUCACAUCGAAUUGGCCAAACGCUUCGAACAGCAUGUGCUUAAAGAUAAACGCUUCGAGAUUUGUAAUGAAGUCAAGCUUGGAUUGGUUUGUUUCCGAUUGAAAGGUAACGACAAGCUGAAUGAGAAACUACUCAGUGCCAUAAAUGAAUCAGGUAAACUGCAUAUGGUUCCUGCUAGUGUCAACGAUAAAUACAUUAUACGGUUUUGUGCGGUGGCACAAAAUGCCAGUGAAGACGACAUCGAUUACGCCUGGGAAACCAUACUUGAUUUUGCCAAUGAAUUGCUUGAAAAGGAACAACACGACGAACUUACGGAGAUAAUUAAUCGAAAGAAGGAGGACACAUUAGCUAAGAAACGCUCCUUCUUCGUACGCAUGGUCAGUGACCCGAAAAUCUACAACCCGGCUAUCAAUAAGGCUGGCACGCCAAAUAUGUCAUUAGAUGUUACAUCGCCAGUGGUUGGGCACUCUUCAAAUCCCAUUAUAAGAACACAAACAUCUAUGGAUCGGAACUCGUGGAUUUCCUGGCCCUUAGCCUUUCUCUUCAAUAGUAACAACGAUGAUGGAGGGCAAAAAAGUAAUGUUUCAUUGCGUUUUCGUCAUUUAGAUACAAAUGUACGACCAAGUUCAUCGAGACGAAAUUCCGGUGCCACAUCUUCGCCAUCACCCGAUAAUGAGUUGGGCUUUGUUAAUUUGAAGAAAUCACCUAUAAAGGCAACCACACCAUCGCCCCGAAAAGGCGGUCUCUCCCUCACCACAACCAACAAUCACUCCUAAAAGGAUUUCCUCC